AAAAAGUUAUUGAAUAAAACUAUUUUGCAAGAAAUUGCUAAAAAAAUAUAAAAGGAGUGUACUUAAAAAAUUAAUUUAAUAAAAAAUCAAAAACUAUGGCCAGUGGUGCAAACAACCCCGCCUUCGUUGCAGACAACGACAAUGAUUCCGAAAACUCCAUCCGAAUCAUUCACGUCAAUCCAGCUGACGAGUCCGAAAUGCCACCCAAAAGUGCUCUGCACGCAUCCAAAAGUGUUCCCAGCAUGCGCGAUUCCGCCACACCCGACCUCACAGGCAGCACCGUAACUCUGACCCAUGACAAAAGUGAGAGUUUAGAAGAAGGACUCGACAUGCGUCCCCUGCCAAACACCGUAAGCAUCGCUACUUUAUCGAACAACGGCGACUACGGCAGUCGCAUGAUCCUCGUUGACGACAAAUCCGCAGGAAAACCCGUCGAAGAUGCACCUCCUUACAACGUCGAUGUGAACGGCAACAAUGGAAAUUACGCAGCAAACAUCACACGUGACAAACCUCCCGUUCAUUUCACGGAAAAAGAUGUCGAAAAAAAGCUCGAGGACGAGGAAGAAGUUGACGAGACCUCAACGGGACGCGAUACGUGGGGAAAAGAAAUCGAAUUUCUGCUUUCUUGCAUCGCCAUGUCUGUGGGUCUUGGAAAUGUGUGGCGAUUUCCCUUCAUUGCGCUCAAUAAUGGAGGCGGCGCGUUCGUUAUCCCCUACAUAAUUGUGCUGAUAAUUGUUGGAAAGCCCGUUUAUUACCUGGAAAUGUUGAUUGGACAGUUUUCGAGUCGUGGAAGUGCAAAAGUUUAUGAUUUGUGUCCCGCUUUGAGAGGCGGCGGCGUAGGUCAAGUCUUUGCCAUUACCGUUGUCACCACUUAUUACACCUUUCUGAUGGCACUCACUCUCAAAUAUAUGGUCGACAGUUUCAAUACUGUGCUGCCAUGGAGUGUCUGCCGACCAGAAUGGGGUCCCGAUUGCAUUGACUCGAGUCUGACGGGCGUUGCGGAAUUAUAUAAUGCAACGAAUACCGGAAAAAUUAGUACUUCUGCGAGUCUUUAUUAUACCAAGGAAAUUCUCAAAGAAAAGGACACAAUUCACGACGGUCUUGGAACCCCAAAUUGGGAACUCGUCGUUUGUCUUUUCAUUUCUUGGUCAAUUGUCGCAGGACUUCUCAUCAAAGGUGUCAAAAGUUCCGGCAAAGCUUCCUACUUUUUGGCCAUCUUCCCAUAUGUCGUCCUCGGAAUUCUCUUUACGCGUGCCGUUACGUUGCCAGGCGCCAUGAAAGGUCUCGAAUACUUCUUCAAACCGGACUGGAAUAAACUUAUGGAACCCGAAGUGUGGUACAAUGCCGUUGUUCAAGUAUUUUUCUCGCUCUCCAUUUGCUUCGGAAAUGUCAUCAUGUACUCGUCGUAUAACAAAUUCCGACAUAAUGUGAGUCGAGAUGCGACAAUUAUCACAAGUAUCGAUACUUUCACGUCACUGUUGGCGGGAUCGACUGUUUUUGGUAUCCUUGGACAUUUGGCGUACAAAGUGGGAACAGAUGAUGUGUCAGUUGUUGUGAAAAGUGGACCUGGUUUGGCUUUUAUUUCGUAUCCAGAUGCCAUUGCGAAGUUUGAUUUCUUCCCACAAGGUUUCUCAGUUCUAUUUUUCUUCAUGUUAUACACCCUCGGAAUCGGCAGCAACGUCGCAAUGACCUCUUGCAUCAUGACAAUCUUCAAAGACAAGUUCAAGACAGUUGCUCAUUGGAAAAUUACUAUGGCUAUUGCUGUUGUCAUGUUUAGCAUCGCGAUCGUUUACACAACUCCCGGCGGUCAAUACGUUUUGGAGCUCGUCGACUACCACGGAGCCAGUUUUGUUGUCUUCUUCUUGGCAAUUGUCGAAUUAAUUGCCUUUUGUUGGAUUUACGGCGUCAAACGACUUUGCGACGAUGUCUACUUCAUGUUGGGUUAUCGUCCAAACUUUAUCUGGAGAAUGUGCUGGCAAUUUAUUACGCCAAUUGUGAUGAUUGCCAUCUUCAUUUACAGCAUUUAUUCGUUGAAACCUGUCACGUAUCACGGAUAUGUCUACAAAGAUAGUCAUUAUGCGAUUGGAUGGUGCCUUACUGCAUUGGGACUUGUGCAAAUUCCGUUGUGGGCAACAGUUUCAUUCUUGAAAAAAGACCGGAAAAGGAGUUUUAUGGAAAGAUUUGUCGAAAUUUUCAAACCAAUGCCCAAUUGGGGACCCACCAACCCAGUAUUACUGCAAAAGUACAAGGAAUACAUCGCAGCACUUAAAUGAGAUUUGUAGAAAAGUAUACGUGCCUUUUACUUUUAAGAGUGAUUAAUGUUAGUGUUAAGUGUAAUUCUCGGAUAUUUUGUUUUAUAUUAUAAAAAAUAUUUAUUUUUUAACAAUAUUUUAUAUAAAAAAUAGAAAUAAAUUAGAUUUAGCGCUUCC